AUGGACGUGCACCCGGCGAAUGCGGCCGCCGACUCCCUCGGAGACCUGUUCCCGCACCAGCCCGCCGGUUUGGAGAGUGAUGAGAGCAACAUAGAAUGGCUCUCUGGCUACGUGGAGGACUGCUUUUCGAGCUCCACAUCCUACACAAAUCCUGUUUUUGCAAGAUCUGCUCCUGCAAUGGCAAGCCAGGGUGCUGGAAAACCAAAGUUACCGCCACCUUCAUCUUCCAAUGGCAGGAGAAAGAAAAGGAGCCUGGCCUCUGUUAUGACUAACGACGAUGAUCAACAAUACAUCAUCCCAUUGUAUGUUGAGCCACCGCUAAUCCUAAUUGAUCAGAAGCAUUGGAUGGCAGAGAGCGAGCUGAUCCUCCCCAAGAAAGACAAAGACCAAGAGGUUUGCCAGCAACAAGGGCAGGAAGAGAAGUGUGAGAAGGGUGUGCGGCGGCUGGUGAAGAGGUGUAGCAAUUGUUUGUCAUGCCAAACACCACGAUGGAGGGAUGGCCCGUCAGGGCCCCAGAUGCUGUGCAAUGCAUGUGGCCUGAGGCUUAAGCCAGAGAAUAGGUAUGCCACCAUUUCUGAGGAGCAUUGUGGCCAAGAAACCAAGAAAGAACAAGAACCAGGAGCACAGCGAGAUAAGAAGAAGAAGAUGAUGAAGAAGACAUAUGUGAAUGAGCCCCAGUCGUCAGAUCAGGCAGAGAAGCGCUGCACCCAUUGCUUGUCCUCCAAGACCCCACAGUGGAGGGCUGGACCUUUGGGACCGAAGACUCUUUGCAAUGCCUGUGGCGUGAGGUACAAGUCCGGCAGGCUGCUGCCAGAGUAUAGACCUGCCAAUAGCCCGACUUUUGUGAGUUGCAUACACUCCAACUCUCACAAGAAGGUAAUGCAGAUGAGGCAGGCUGUUGCGCAGCAGCAGUGA